AUGGGUUCCUCAACAAAGAACCUAGCAGAUUCAGCAUCAUGGUGUUGCGCCUUGGCCCUUUUGUGUCUGAUUCUACUGGGUUCUAUAAGGGAGAGCCAUGUGCCGGAGGAGGAGGAAGAGACCGCGGCGGUGAAAGGGCGGAGCAACCUCUUUGAACGGCCGUGUGAUGAGAUAUAUGUGGUGGGAGAAGGGGAGACCCUACACACCAUUAGUGACAAGUGUGAUGACCCUUUUAUCGUUGAAAGCAACCCUCAUAUUCAUGACCCUGAUGAUGUUUUCCCCGGCCUUGUCAUCAAAAUCACCCCCACUCAUAAGCUCAAGAGGUAG